GGCUAUUGCUAUUUAACUUUUGCUCCGUGAACAUGGUUCGAAUCCACCUUUUGCAUUGCAAAAGGAUCCAUAUCCUAGUUGCAAAAGGAUGUGGAACACAAUUUUCUUAAUGUGAAGGUGUCUUAAUGGUUAUAUACACAUGUUAUAGUAUUAUUAUUUCAUAUUAUACAUAUUAUGUUUUGCACAUAUAUGACCAAGUUACACAGCAGUCCAGCAGUAGUGUUCAACUGGCGAGCAGCAUGUUAUGAGUUCGAAACUAGGAUAUGGGUCCUUUUGCAUUUCUUCUGUGUUUUUUUAAACAAAAAAAUUCUGCAAUGCAAAAGGUGGAUUCAAACCAUGUUCACGGAGCAAAAGUUAAUAACAAUAGCCAAUAAACCACGAGUAUCACCUACUCAAAUUUAUGGAGAAGAAUAUAUACUUAUAUAGUAUAUACAUUAAGAAAAUUAGCCACCUCACACAAACCUUUCAAACUCCGCCGCCGACGGUAGAUGAAAAACGAGGGUUGUGAGUGAUCAUUCUCUUGUAACCUGAAAUGUUAUUAGGGUUUAAUAUAUAAAUAAGCCACCUCACACAAUACUUCACAAGUUGUCAAAUCAUCCCAAAACAACGCCGCGAAGUCUGCCUCUAACCACUUCUCUGAACAAAACCCUAUUGCUUCUCCCUUUCCUCAACCUUGUCUUUCCGCUUCACAAACCAUGAAAUCAUCCCAAAACAACCCUGAAGAAAGUCCUUUUCUUCCUAAUUUCGAUUCUUAUCCUCAACCUUGUCUUCCUGCUUCAAAAUUCGUUCAAUUAUCCCAAGACAGCGCUCCUAUUUCCGCAUCUAAUGGCUUCUCUCUUCAAAACCCUAUUCCACCUCCUUUACAUCCUAAUCUCUCUUCUUUUCCUCAACCUUCUCUUCCCGAUUCUUCGAUUUUUUCAUUUUCUCGAGGUUCACCUGUUCUCAGCCCUGAAGUUGGAAGCACACUUCCUACAAACCAAGUGUUCCAACCAAAUUCAGAACCAGUAUGCCAAACUAUUCAGAUCAGUAGCCCUGUUGCAGCUGUUACAGAUGUUGUGAAAGAACAAGAACUGAAAAGUAUGAUGCAUCUGUACAAGAGCCAACUGCAAAACUAUGCUCAAAAGAGGAACUUGAAGCUUCCAGAGUAUGCUCCUGAGUGGGAAGGUCCACCUCAUAACAUGCGUUUCCGGUGCAAAGUUACAAUUGAUGGACAGACCUUUGAGAGUCCUAGGUUCUAUUCUACAUUGAGGGAUGCUGAAUAUGCUGCCGCUGAAGUUGCUUUUAAAUCAUUACAACCAGCUGGAGUUCAAGAGGAAGGUAUUCUGAUGUAUAAGAACCUUUUACAAGAACUAAUUCAAAAGGGAGGACUACUUCAGUUGCCUGUUUAUAGUACUACAAAAUCUGGUGAGGCUCACAGGCCGACAUUUACUUCACAAGUGGAAAUUGAAGGGAAGGUAUAUACUGGAGAAGAAUCUAAGACCAAGAAGCAGGCAGAGAUGAGUGCAGCCAAGGUUGCUUAUACAACUUUGAAAGAACUCAAAGCUCAUGGUGGACAAUCUCCUGAAUUGUUUCCUAACGGCUCAAAGUCAAAUGUUGUAAUUGGUCUGCAGCACCAUUCUUCAGGAGAGUCGUCUGACCGCUCAAAGGCAAAUGUCAUACUGGGUCUGCAACAUCAUUCUGCUGGAGGAUCGUCUGACCACUCUAGGGCAAAUGUCAUAACUGGUAUGCAACAUCAUUCUGCUGGAGGAUUCCCGGCAAACCCUGGACCAGUCAUCCAGAAUCCACAUAACACCGGUCUGCAACAUCAUUCUGCUGGAGGAUUUCCGGCAAACCCUGGACCAGUCAUCCAGAAUCCACAUAACUCCGGUCUGCAACAUCAUUCUGCUGGAGGAUUGCCGGCAAACCCUGGACCAGUCAUCCAGAAUCCACAUAACAAAGUAGAGGAAAAAUUGUCUUCAUCUGGAAAUAAGAAUGACUGCUCGAAAGUUUCGUUCCCAUCCAAUCCCAGGGCUAUUCCUACUUCAGUCUCUGACAGCAACAAUGUUGAUAUUGGGACAAAUAAUGUGUCUUCAACUUCAGUAGGCACCCCACCGGGCCGAAUGAGGGUCCGUGUUUACUCAAGAAAGACAAAUGUUGAAAUUGCACCUGGUGGUACUUUGAUGCCGUGUAGCGACGACAAGUAUGUUGCUUACUCCUACUCUGAAUAAGAUUAUUGGAAAGCUGCAGAUCAUGUCCUUGUUGUUUCAAACUUUGUCCCUGGAGUACAUUCAUGUAGAAAAAGAAGAAUUGGAGCAGCUUAGUCAAUAAGCUAUGAUAAACAACCCGGGUUUUAUGCUUAUAAGCACUCUGAUAACUAUUCCUUUAAUUUUUAUGCUUCUUGUUUGCAUGGUGAAUUACAUGCUAGAUCGCUCGGAGUAUAUUUAUUUUAUUUUUGGUACAGUCUCAGUUAUAUAUUACAUCCUUCUAAGUUUAUGGUACUAUCAAUUUUAUUUUUUUUUAA